GAGGGUAAAUACAGGUAUAUCCAAGCAGACAGUAUGAGGAAAAUAAAGUUUUUUUUAAACAUUAAAGCAUGUACUGAUACUGAUAUUGAAACGAUGCGACUUUUUGUAGUCAGAUUUUUGAAACAUUUUCUAAAUAAAAAUGGAAGUUCAGUUCUCCUUUUAAUGAACAAUUUGAAAAUGUAAAUGAUCUUUACGAAUCAGGACUCCGUAGUCUAACAGUGGCAUGUUUAAAUCGAAAAUCGAAUUGAAACGUGGCAUUAAAAUCGAAAAGUCAAAUCAAAUCGUGGAUUUGGAGAAUCAAGACAACCCUAACCCGUAUGUAAACCAUGUGCACAGCACUACACUACACACUUCAUUCAGGCUGGCGAGAGACAAGAGAGAACCCGUCACUUUGAGUCUGUAUGAGAAAUGACAGUUAGGCAAGCGGCUGUAUGGCGCUCUUUAUCAGAGGUGGACGCACAUUCAGUCAUACCAAUCAGUGAGUUCUCACCCUGGAAGCCUUCUGUCUUAUAAAACCUAAACGUAUUAGUCGAAAACAAUUCUGAUAAAGCAUAAAUCUCUCUAAUUUUUCAAGUCUGGCAUCGUCUUCCUCUGAUGUGCCAUCCAGAAGUGUCUCAUUUCUGCCUCCUGUUUGCUUUAUGGCUGCUGAGAACUGCCAACAAUGAGCCCAUUCCACACUCAAAACAGCCACACAGAGUUUAACGAUUUAUCUGUUUUCACACAGCAUGUACAGUACGUUUUGGUUUUACAUCACGGAUGAGGGCUUGCUAGCUGGUUUCCUCCUCAACUCCGAUAAAGAGCGGCAAUGAAAACAUGCUGUAGAAAUACAACCGAAACUUUCCCCCCGUUUGACCGUGUUGUUUGAAUGGAUGUCGUCUUGCUGUUAUACGUGUAGUAUUUUUGUGAGACCUGAAUAUUGAGCUGGAAGCAGUCCUUCCAGCAGUGUUUUUUGCUUUUUGCAUGGUCUGUCUGUACCGUCCACUCCACUGCCUGCUCAUCAGCUGGCUGCUCAUUCUCUAGUGGUUAGAGCCUAUAGUGGCUGGCUGUGUCUGUGUCUUCCUAACCCUGUGCCCCUCCCACCAUGCAUGUAUGUUCCAGUGUGUUUUGUGUUGGUCACUGCUGACAUGUUUCCCCAUCACUAAUCACGGGCACCUGCCCGCUCCCCCUUCUCUUCUGAGGCUUACAAUAUCUUGUGGAAAAACAAACGAGUGCAGUUGAAGAUGCGCGCCGGUGGGAUGAGCGAGUCGUCCAAAUGGAAGAAGCAGAAACGCUCUCCGAGGCCGCCUCGCCACAUGGUCCGAAGUCCCUCCGGUCAGAUGGACUCAAGCCAGUCCAGCACCCUCAGCAACAACAACCUUUCAGGUGGCGUCCCGUUCAUUGAGCAAGGCUUGUCUAGCCUACCAGCUUCAGACAGCGCUGCUUCGUCUGUUUCCAGCCCUACAACCACAGACAGUGGCCUGGACACAUGUUCCAAAGCCACCUCCAGGGAAGACCUUUCUGACCUGGAACAAUGUAACUCAUCUUCAACCAGCCCUAGCACUACUGCCACGCUUCCUGGGACUGAGCCCGGCUCUCCGGAUGCACAGUAUGAGGGCAGCCAGGUUGAACGAGCUCAGUCGGCCUCAGUGGAGUCCAUCCCUGAGGUUCUAGAGGACAAAGACUCUGUUACAGAGCAGUCAGACAGCACCUCUAUCCACGACAUGGACUAUGUCAACCCCCGAGGAGUGCGUUUCACACAGUCCACACAAAGAGACGGAGCGUCCAUCAUCCCUUAUGGCCUGCCAUGUCUACGUGAGCUUUUUCGCUUCCUGAUCUCACUGACCAACCCCCACGACCGCCACAACACUGACGCCAUGAUGCACAUGGGCCUUCAGCUGCUGACUGUAGCACUUGAGGCGGCACACAUUACAAACUACCAGUCUUUACUGGGACUGGUCAAAGAUGAGCUCUGCAGACAUCUCUUCCAGCUGCUGAGUGUGGACCGUAUGAAUCUAUACGCUGCGUCCAUACGAGCUUGCUUCCUGCUUUUUGAAAGCAUGAGAGUACAUCUUAAGUUUCAACUUGAGAUGUACCUAAAAAAGCUGAUGGACAUCAUCACGUCAGAGAACAUUAAGAUGCCCUACGAGAUGAAGGAGAUGGCUCUGGAGGCGCUGGUCCAGCUGUGGAGGAUUCCCAGCUUCGUCACUGAGCUGUACAUCAACUACGACUGUGACUUCUACUUCUCCAAUCUGUUUGAGGACCUCACCAAGCUGCUGUCCAAGAAUGCAUUCCCAGUGUCAGGGCAGCUCUACACCACCCACCUCCUGUCACUGGAAGCUCUGCUCACAGUGAUUGACAGCACUGAGGCCCACUGCCAGGCCAAGGUGCUCAACAGCACUGCUCAACAAGACCAGUCAGAAACACUGCUGGCAGAGGGAGAAGAUUCAGCCAACAACGGAACAGACGCGACAACUGAUCUUAAUAGACUGGGCAGUACCAACGGUGUGAGUCUUCCACAAAAUGAGAAUGAACCAGUGUGUCCACCAACCAGUGGACAUCUGAUGGCAGAGAAGAUGAGACUGGGUAGACAGGAUCAAGGGGACAAUGACACCGCUGAGAAGAGAGCCCUGAAAAAGCCUGAACGUUUCUCGUCGUGUUUACCCGAUUCCCAAGAGUUGCUAGAAAUUAGAGCGAAGAAAAAGCUGCUGAUCACAGGCACAGAGCAGUUUAACCAGAAGCCCAAGAAAGGAAUCCAGUUUCUGCAGGAGAAAGGCCUCCUCAGUAACCCCUUAGACAACAACCAGGUGGCCCAAUGGCUCAGAGAAAACCCCCGACUGGACAAAAAGAUGAUCGGCGAGUACAUCAGCGAUCGCAAGAACAUGGAGCUCCUGGACAGCUUCGUAAACACAUUCACCUUCCAGGGGCUUCGUAUUGAUGAGGCCCUGCGGCUCUACCUGGAGGCCUUUAGACUACCUGGAGAGGCUCCUGUCAUUCACAGACUCCUCGAAACCUUCACAGACAUCUGGCAUAAAGUGAACGGCUCCCCUUUCAUGACCAACGAUGCAGGCUUUGCCUUGGCCUACGCCGUCAUAAUGCUCAACACUGACCAGCAUAACCACAAUGUCCGCAAGCAGAAUAUCCCCAUGACUAUAGAGCAAUUCAAGAAAAAUCUGAAGGGAGUGAAUGGAAACAAAGACUUUGACCAGGACAUGUUGGAGGAUAUCUACAAUGCUAUCAAGAAUGAGGAGAUCGUGAUGCCAGAUGAGCAGUCGGGGUUAGUGAAGGAUAACUAUGUGUGGAGUGUGUUGCUACACCGCGGUGCCACAUCUGAGGGUGUUUUCCUCCACCUGCCGCCCGGCAGCUACGACCAUGACUUGUUCACCAUGACCUGGGGUCCCACCAUCGCUGCCCUCUCCUACGUCUUUGACAAGAGCCUGGACGACAACAUCAUCCAGAAGGCCAUCACUGGCUUCAGGAAAUGCGCAAUGAUAGCAGCUCACUACGGCUUCAGUGACGUUUUCGACAAUUUGAUCAUCUCCCUCUGCAAGUUCACCACUCUGAGCAGUGAGUCCGUGGAAAACCUUCCUACAGUGUUUGGCAGCAAUAAUAAAGCGCAGACGGCAGCCAAGACGGUGUUUGACCUGGCCCAUCGGCACGGCAACAUCCUGAGGGAGGGGUGGAAGAACAUCAUGGACUCCAUGCUACAGCUGUUCAGAGCCGAGCUCCUGCCCAAAGCCAUGGUCGAGGUGGAGGAUUUUGUGGAGCCGAAUGGGAAGAUAUCUCUUCAAAGAGAGGAAACGCCUUCAAAUCGCGGUGAGUCGGCGGUGUUGAGUUUUGUCAACUGGUUGACGUUGAGCGGAGCCGAGCAGUCGGGACUCAGAGGACCGUCCACGGAAAACCAGGAGGCCAAGCAGGCUGCCGUCCUCUGCAUAAAGCAAUGUGACCCAGAAAAGCUGAUCACAGAGAGUAAAUUUCUACAGCUGGAAUCUCUGCAGGAGCUAAUGAAGGCUCUGAUCUCAGUCACACCAGAUGAAGAGACGUAUGAUGAAGAGGAUGCCGCCUUCUGCUUGGAGAUGUUGCUGCGUAUCGUCAUGGAGAACCGAGACCGUGUGUCGUGUGUGUGGCAGACAAUGCGAGACCACCUCUGCAAUCUUUGCGUCCACCCCAACGAGAGCUGCUUCUUGGUGGAGAGGGCGGUGGUGGGACUCCUUCGACUUGCAAUCCGCCUGCUACGACGAGAAGACAUCAGCUCUCAGGUUCUGCUAUCCCUGCGUCUCCUGCUGAUGAUGAAACCUCACGUCUUGUCCCGGGUCAGCCGGGAGGUGGCCUUCGGCCUUCACGAGCUGCUGAAGACUAACGCGGCCAACAUCCACUGCACAAACGACUGGUUCACGCUCUUCUCGUUGCUGGAGUGCAUCGGAGCUGGAGUGAAACCUCCUGCCUCUUUCCAGCUCACCUCCACCACUACUGACAACGACACAGGAGCCCAGUCGGACAGCGAGCUGCCAUCUCAUCACGUUAGUGAAGUGAGUUUAGACCGCGGCUACACGUCUGACUCGGGGAUCUACACUGAGCACAGCAAGACCAGGAUCACCCGCUCCGCAACAGAUGUGGACGUAACAAGCAGUGGAUGGCUCGUGGUUGGGAAAGAUGACCUUGAGACGAGUAAGAUCCCUCCAGUGAACUCUAAAGCUCAGCUGAAUCACCCGCUGGUCAACCAGUACAGCCUGACACUGGGUCAGGACCUGGGCCAGCACGACACCAAGUCUCUCAUCAAGUGUGUGGAAUCGCUGUCGUUCAUCGUCCGCGACGCCGCCCACGUCACCCCCGACAACUUCGAGCUGUGUGUCAGAGCUAUACGAGUGUUUGUGGAGGCCAGCCUCAACGGAGGUUUCCGCAACCACGACAAGAAGAAGAGCCACAAGUACGACUCCUCCAAGUCCCGGAUGAGGAAGAAGGCAGGGGGAAGGGACAAGGAGGGCGGAGGCGGCACGAGGCGAGGUGGCAGCCGGCCAUCUAGCCAGCGUCCAUCGCGUUCCCACAGUGACGAGGAGGAGGACGAGGGCGUCCCCGCCAGCUACCACACGGUGUCAUUACAGGUUAGUCAGGAUCUGUUGGACCUGAUGCACACGCUGCACACGCGGGCUGCCAGCAUCUACAGCUCCUGGGCAGAGGAGCAGCGCCAUCUGGAGGCCGCAGGGAGGAAAAUCGAGGCCGACUCCCAGACUCUAUGGACCAGCUGCUGGUGCCCGCUGCUGCAAGGCAUUGCUUGGCUGUGCUGUGAUGCCAGACGACAGGUUCGCAUGCAGGCCCUCACCUACCUCCAGAGGGCGCUGCUGGUCCACGAUCUGCAGACACUCGAUGCAACCGAGUGGGAGUCCUGCUUCAACAAGGUGCUUUUCCCCCUGCUGACUAAGCUGCUUGACAACAUCAGCCCGGCAGAUGUGGGCGGUAUGGAGGAGACCAGAAUGAGAGCCUGCACACUCCUUUCAAAGGUUUUCCUCCAACACCUGUCCCCUCUGCUGUCCCUGCCGACCUUCGCCGCCCUCUGGCUCACCAUUCUGGAUUUCAUGGACAAGUACAUGCACGCAGGAUCCAGUGACUUACUGUUGGAGGCGAUCCCCGAGUCUCUGAAGAACAUGCUGCUGGUGAUGGACACGGCAGGGAUCUUCCACAGUGCCGACUCCAGGACGGGAUACUCGGACCUGUGGGAAAUAACGUGGGAACGAAUCGUCUGCUUCCUGCCUAACCUUAGAGAGGAGCUCUUCAAACAGACCGUCAUACAAGAACCUCCAGCGGAGCCCGCGCAGCCGACGCCGUCGGCCGGCCGGCCGUCGUCCCCUCAGGUGUCUCCGCCUCCUGCUCAGCCGCCCUCCCCGGUCCCGGUUCCCCCCGCGGAGACACGGACCCCCAGCAGGCCAGAAUCACCCCAGGAGCCCCAACCAGCCAGUGCCAACGGAUCAGACCGGUCAUCUCCGGUCCCGAUGUCCCCCAUGCCGGUGCCGUUAACGACGUCCCCCUCCCAGGCCCCCUCGCCCUUGUCACAGUCCCCUCUCAUCCUGCAGCCCCUCGCCUCCCCCCUGCAGGUGGGAGUCCCGCCCAUGUCCCUGCCAAUCAUCCUGAACCCCGCCCUCAUCGAGGCCUCGUCCCCCCUUCCGCUGCUUUCCGGUCCCAGACCUAUGAGCCCCUCUGACGACGUCAAGUAAGAAGAGAACUCAAGCUCCCCUCCUCCACUCCCCCCCACUCUGACAUCUGUCCAGAUCACCACCCCCCCCCCCCCUUUAACCACUGGAUCCAACAGACUUCAACUACAACUUCAUGAGCUUGUCACCAAGUUUUUUAAAUGAUGUACGAGAAGACAAAAUAGAUGUGACACCAAUUAUACCACAUUUUACUUAAAGGAGAAAUCCCUCUAAACAUGUGAUCACAUGUUCAAAAACACCAGACGGCUAAAUGAAUUCAGGUUGAGGUAAAGUUGGUUCACCAAAAAUGUAGCUGGGCUGUAGCUACCACUGAGAGGUCCACUGAGGUUCACUGAGGUUCACUGAGGUUCACUGAGGUCCACUGAGGUCCACUGAGGUCCACUGAGGUCCUGUCCUCACUGUUUUUAGGGAGAUUUUGUGUGUUUUGGCAGCCUGGGGAGAGUUAAUGUUUAACUACACACGGUGAGCAUUUUAUUGGCUGAUUCUAGUAUUUUUAAACUCAAUGCGUUAUAUAUGUAUUUUAGAUCAAUACAAUAUAAUUAAUAUUCUGAUUCAGUUGUUCCCACACCACGGUUUCACUCUUGGGAGAGCAAAGCAGGUGUUAACUUGUGUUGAAAUCUUAUGAAAAGUUAAUGUUAGUUUGUCUCUCAAUACUCUCUGACUUCUCUACCCCCGUCUGUGGCUCUCAGGAAGAACUAAUGGAUUUGUUGGGACUAUUUUUAGCGGCGGAUUAAUCCACAUUUGGUGCGUUUUGAGUAGUAGUUUGUUUGGUUCUGUUCACGAGAUCUGUUUGUAGUAAGAAACAUCUAAAACAGCACCAGCUUUUCACACAACCUCAUGACUGCAGUGUUUCUGUUCCGGCCCGGAUGUCAUCACUUUUUCCUAAGAAACUGUUCUCACAUUUGAGUGUGGGAUUACUCCUCAUAUGAUCACCAUCAGGUUCAUGUGUUUAGGAGAAUCAGUUAUUUUCAGUCCCAAACACAUUAACCUGAUGUUGGACAUGAUUAAAAAAUGUGGUAUAUUAAAACCUGUGGUUUAGUCUCGAGUCUUCUCUUGAACUUGUUGGAAAUCAUUCAGAAGUUUUCAGUAGAAGAAGAAACACACCUUCCACCACCACCCUCCCCUGUUCCAUAGAUUUUUAACUUGAUAAGACCGGGCUGACCUCAUGGCGUCGCUGUGCUUCAUAUUAAUCUCGAGAUUUCAGGCAGGGACAGUAAAUUAUUUGGAUUCUCGGUACUGCAUGUUGUUGAUUAAAAUAGGAGCUUUCCAAGAGCUUUGACUUGAUGUUCCAGAGGUCUUAACAGAGCUGUUAUAUCACACCGCAGAGGGAUCAGUGUCUGAAAACUGUACAGAAAAAACAACUUUAUUUAUAUACCAGUCAGUUUUUGUUUCAGAGAGGCCAAAUUUGUUCUCCUGUUAACGGCCACAGACAGACAGACACGCUGGACUGUUCUCUUUAUAUCUUUUAAAUUCUGCAUGAGCCUGCCCCGCCCCUCCCCCCCAACAACAGAAAACAAGCUUUGAUUUCGGGGGCACCUCAUGAGUUCCUCUUCUACUCAACAAAAGAGAGAGACUGUGUGCACAUGAAGCCUUCUCAGAUCUGACCGGAGAUGUCACGUCUACAACAUUCCGAAAAUGUAGAUACUCGUGAGCUCGGUUUCGCCGUACGGAGGAGAGUUAGAGAUCCCAAAUAGUAACUUUUAUGGUUUAUGAUGAAGUCUAACAAAUAGUAAAAAAGAGUUGAGUGUUGAUGUCAUUUUGAUCAUGUUUGUGUAGCGUGCUGCAAGCGGUCCACUCAGGAGCUCUUUAUGUAACAACACUGGGUUUACUCAUCAUAUCACACGGAAAUCUACGGAAGCUAAUAAUAACAAUAGCAGCGAACUUAACACCUUAUUGUUAAAUAUAAUCAUUGCUGAAUAAUCACCACUGCAUUUAUAGCAUUGGAAUAUUUUACUUUGAAAAGUAGCUAUUUCUGUAGUUUUUUCAAAAACUUGAUUACAAUUCAAUAACCGUAUUCAUCUGCAGUGGGGGGCCGUUAAAAAGUCUACACAGCAGAGCACGCGCAUAUCUAAAUAGAGCCCAAAAUACAAUGACAUUUUUUUUAAAAAUACUAAAUUGUAUAAUAACAUUUUUCAAAGUAAAAGCUUGUAGUGCUAUAAAUUCAGUGCUAAUUCUAGAUUCAGUUGUGGUUCUGAGGUUUUGAGCUGCUCCGGUUCGCUUCCACCUGUCGACAUUCUUGCAUGCUAAUUCUGCCUUGUGUACGACGACAUGAAGCCCGACACACUGAUAUAGAGACUAAUUCAGUUUAUUAAUGCCAAAUAUGUGAGCUGUAGAGUAAGAGGUGUAGAUGCUUAACAUCCACUCAGUGUGGCCCCUGAGAUUGUCUCAGUGAUGUGAAAUGUUAUUUAUUGACGAGUCUGGGGGGGGAAGAAGAGAUGAACUUUUCCACGUCAGAGCGGUUGGCGGUCGGGUAACACUACAGCCUUAUGGAGCCACCAACACGAGACAGAAUAUUGUGAGCUGUGUGUUUAUUUGUUGUAUUUUGGGGGACUCUUUAUCAGGAGCCGAGUCUUGCUUGAGAAGGAAAUUACAUGAAUAUAAUGUGUAUAUAUAAAUGAAAGGUAAUGUACUUUUUACUAUGUAAUAAAUAUAAUGUAAAGAAAGUG